AUAGAGAGAGAGAGAGACCAUUCCAACAAUUACCAAAUUAUCUCCUCUUGCGUUGCUUUGAAACCCUAGUUACGUCGAGAGAAAGAGAGAGCAAACAAACACACACAAAAGACCGAUCAGAACUGAGAACAACGAUGCAGAAGCAGGAGUUCUUGGAGUUGUACGAGGCAGCACUUCGAGCGGCUAAGUCUGUGAAAGGUGUUAAGAAUUCGUCAAAGGUUUCGAGGUUUGUGGACGCUAGAAAUCGUUUGAAGGACGCUCCUACAUCACUUGCUUGUGAGGUGGUCUCCAAAACCUCCAUGGGGAAGGGUUUGAGUUUCUUGAACGAUCACAAAAACCCUCAUAUUCGAUCGGAAGGAAGGCUUCUUCGGGAUCUUUGGAUGAAGAUUCUUUACGCUUCAGGUAGAGAAAAGAGCCACGAUAGAGAAACUCAGGUGAAGAUUCCGACGCAUUCAACGAUGAAGAAGACUGGAGAUUCGAAACGAGACAAAGUGCGUGAGAUUCUUCAAACAUCUCUGGUUAAAGUCGCUUCUGAGAUUGUUGACACAGAGAUGAAGACACGAGUCACUGCUUGUGAUCCUUCUGUCGUGGCUGUUUCAGUGGAAUCUGCAAUGUUUGAGAAAUUAGGUUGUUUCAUGGGACCUCAUAAAGCAAAGUACCGGUCGAUUCUGUUCAACAUGGGAGAUAGUAACAAUCCGGAUUUGAGGAGGAAAGUGUUAAUCGGUGAGAUCAAUGGGGAGAGACUCGUGACAAUGGAGAGACAAGAGAUGGGGAGUGAGAAGAUUCAGAAGGAGGUUCAAAGGAUUAAAGAGAAUGCAAGGUUUAAGGAAGAGAGUCGAAUGAAGAUUCUUCAAUCAGCAUCUAUGAUCAUGACUUAG